CCUCUGCCCUGCUCCGGCGCCAUGCCGGGCCUCCGCUGGUUCCUGCUGCUGCUGCUCGCCGCGCUCUGCCCGCCCGCCCUGAGCCUCCGCGAUGCGCCCUCCAGGAUCGCCGUGGUGGGCGGCGGGAUCGGCGGCUCGGCCGCUGCGUAUUUCCUGCGGCAGAAGUUCGGCCGCGGCGUGCAGCUGCACGUGCUGGAGAAGGCAGCGCUGGGCGGCCGGCUGCACACGCUGGACAUGGAGGGGGCGAGCUACGAGGCAGGGGGGUCUGUGAUCCACCCCCUCAACCUGCACAUGAAGCAUUUUGUCAAGGAGCUGGGCCUCUCAGCUGCCUCAGUCCAGGGCAGCCUGGCGGGCGUUUACAACGGGGAGGAAUUUGUGUUUGAGGAGAGCAGCUGGUCCUUCAUCAACCUCCUCAAGCUGCUCUGGCACUAUGGCCUCAACCCCCUGCGCAUGUCCAUGUGGGUGGAGGACAUCCUGGACAAGUUCAUGAGGAUCUACCGGUACCAGAUGCACGACUACGCCUUCAGCAGCAACGAGCGCCUGCUCCACGCCCUGGGAGGCGACGACUACACCCGCCUGCUCAACCAGACCAUCGAUGAGGCCAUGCAGAAAGCAGGCUUCUCCCAGAAAUUCAUCAAUGAGGUGGUUUCUCCGGUCAUGAGGGUGGAUUAUGGCCAAGGGGUCACCAUCAAUGGCUUUGUAGGUGCUGUGUCCCUGGCUGGGGUACACUCAGGCCUUUGGUCUGUGAAAGGGGGGAACAAACUUGUGUGCUCUGGCCUCAUCUACGCCUCCAAGGCUGAGGUUAUCCCGGGAACAGUCGUGUCCAUAGAGCCAAAAACCAGAGUCAGUCGUGGCGGGGACCCGGUGCAGCUCUACCACGUCACCUACAACACGUCCUCGGGGCUGACCGGCGACACGUACGACAUGGUGCUGAUCGCCACGCCGCUCGGCCGCAAGAUGGCCAACAUCACCUUCCGCAACUUUGACCCUCCCAUCGCCGAGUUCUCCAGCCCCUACCACCAGACCGUCACCACCUUGGUGCACGGCCGCUUGAACACCUCCUUCUUCGGCUACCACGACCCCCAGGCUUUUCAGCUGGGGGCCAUUUUCACCACGGACAACCCCAAACUGUUCAUCAACAGCCUGAGCGUGGUGUCCCCCACGGGGGACGCGGGCGCGGGCGAGAAGCUGCCCUUGCAGUCGGCCGUCUGGAAGGUGUUUUCCAAGGAAGAGCUCACCAAGGAGCAGCUCAAUUUGCUCUUCUCCUCCUACGACUCGGUGAAGGUGAAGACGUGGUUGGCGUAUCCCCAGUACAGCCCUCCCGAGAAGUUUCCUCCCAUCAUCCUGCACGAGCACCUGUACUACCUGAACGGGCUGGAGCGCGCUGCCAGCGCCAUGGAGAUGAGCGCCAUCGCCGCCCGCAACGCCGCCCUGCUCGCCUUCCACCGCUGGCACGGCCACAGCGCCAGCAUCGACCAGGAGGACCUGCACGAGAAGCUCAAAACGGAGCUCUGAGAUCCCCCCGGGGUUAAUUAACACUAAUGAACUUCGUGCUUCGCCCCUCUGAAGAGGUGUUCUGUAGGAUCGUGGGAUCCUUGAAGUUAGAAGAUUUUCAAGAUGAUUAAGACCUUCAGGAUCUUUAAAAUCUUCAAGACUUUCAGGAUCAUCAAGACCUUCAAGACAGCCAAUUAACAUCCAAAUAAUUAACACCAAUAAAGUCCAAGCUUUGCCCCUCCAAGGAGGUGUUUCAUAGGAUCAUGGCAUCCUUUAAGAUUGGAAGAUCUUCAAGACCUUCAGGAUCAUCAAGACCUUCAAGAUCAAGACCUUCAAGACAGCCAAUUAACAUCCAAAUAAUUAACACCAAUAAACUCCAGGCUUUGCCCCUCCAAGGAGGUGUUUCAUAGGAUCAUGGCAUCCUUAAAGUUAGAAGAUUUUCAAGAUGAUCAAGACCUUCAGGAUCUUUAAAAUCUUCAAGACCUUCAGGAUCAUCAAGACCUUCAAGACCUUCAAGACAGCCAAUUAACAUCCAAAUAAUUAACACCAAUAAACUCCAGGCUUUGCCCCUCCAAGGAGGUGUUUCAUAGAUCAUGGCAUCCUUAAGGUUGGAAGAGCUUCAAGAACUUCAAGACCAUCAGUAUUAUCAAGACCUUCAAGAACAUCAAAACUUUCAAGACCUUCAGGAUCUCAAGAUCAUAAAAACCUUCAGGAUCUUCAAGACCUUCAGCAUCAUCAAAACCAUCUUCAAGGUCAUCAGAACCUUCAGGAUCUUCAAGGUCAUCAAAACCUUCAGGAUCUUCAAGACCUUCAGGAUCAUCAAAACCUUGUAGAUCAUCAACACACUCAAGGUUGUCAAGACCUUCAAGCCCAACCACCCACCCAACCACGCUGACCACAAACCACGUCCUCAAGUGCCGUGUCCACGCGUUGUUCGGACGCUUUCAGGGAUGGUGACUUCACCACUGACCUAGGCUGGACAACCCUUCCUUCCAGGACAAAGUUCUACCCAGUAACUCAUCCUGAGCUCCCUCAGUGCCAGCUGGGAGCUGUUUGGCCAACUCAGGAGGGAGCAGGAGCAGUUCCCAAGUAAGCUGGGAUAUUUUCAUCAAGCAAAUUCCUGAGUUUUCCUCAAACACCUUGAUUUAUCCUGUCUGACAUUAGGGAAUUCAUUAAAAGUGCCAUACUGACCCCAAAAGUGCCCUCCAGCUGGGAAUAUCGACUCCCCUGGCUGUCCAUCCCUCUGGCCCAACUUUUCCAAAGGGUCUACCAAGGAAUUAUUCCUCAGGGAGCUGCCAAAUGGGUGGGAAAGAGGAAAAAAACACCAAUAUCCAUCGCUGUGUUGAGGUAUGAAGGAGUUAAUAAAGAAUUGAACAACCAGAAGGGUUUUUAAGGAAAAAACCACCAAAAAUAGCAAAGUUAAGAGGCACUUCAAUUAAUUAAAGUUUUCCUGGGAUUGGAGCAGAAUUAACACCCAGCUCCCAAAAAGUGAUGCGAGAAAGGCUUGAGUUAGGUCAACCAUUACAAAAUUGAUUUAAUAACAAAAACAAAAUAAUUGUA